AUGGAAAAUCAAUCCGAGAUGCAUCCAAAUGUUAAAAAUCUCAUUGCUGACCGGGAACGGGAAUGGCUCGAUCAUUUGCUCGAUGUUCCCAAGAAAAGUGAGCUGAAAAGCCAUGAGCCAAAAAGCGAUCUCGGCGAUCAACGGAAUUUGAUGGGAAAAGAUCAGAUUGCAGACAAAAUCGACAAUCAAAAUAUCGAUCCAUUCGAU